AUGGAUUCCCAGAGUAUUCGCGACCUCGAGUCGGAGAAGAAGAUUUGGUCAGGUCAAUGUCGUGUCUCUAGAAUGUGGCUUGGAGCGAAUGUACAUACAGACAAAGUUCUCCAUUUGGACCUCAUUCUGAUGGAUUCAAAGGGCAAUGAUAUCUGGGUACAAAUCCCUCCUGUGUUGAUAGAAAAGAAGAGAACUGUUCAUCAUGUUCCUGAAGUCCCUGCAAUUCCGACCUUCAAAUUCAGUUUCCUAAAUGCAAGUCAAAUGGCAGGCAAAUUCGGUCAUAUUGUUAUUCUCCCAGAUGUUGUUGGCCAAUUGCGCACACAUUCAGAGGCAAUUACUACUACCAGCCUUACCCGGAAAACUAUAAAGAAGGAGCUCACAUUGAAACUGAUUGAAUACCGUGUUCAACUUGAAGUUCAAAGUGAUUUGAAGUCAGCAGUAUUUGUACUAUUCGAGUAUGAAGGGAAGCGGUACUUUGGAUUGACUGGUCAUGAACGAUUCCAGAAAAAUGGGCACAAUGGUGACUUGCCACCUGAUGAAUUGCUUCAAUUGGUAGGUCUGACCAAGAAAUUCCAUGUCAAAUUCAAGAUCAACCUUUUUGCUGAUUCUCAAGCUGAUUUUACUGUGCUGAGAAUACUAGAACCCACCCCACAGGGAGAAGGUUAUAUGAUUCACAAAGAUGGAUCAUCUUUAUCUAUUGCAAGUGGGCCUGCAUCUUCUCAACCCUCCUCUGAUCAGUCUGGACAGUCUACUAUCGAAAAAUCGAUUGAAACAUCAGUGGAAUCUGAUGCAAUUCCAGAAAACAAACUGAAGAGGAAGAUGCCCCUGGAGUGA